AUGGUUGCCAAUCUGUUCUACGCCGGCGACCUCUACGGCAGCUUCUUAUUGCACAUCCUCUCUGUCUAUCAUCUUCCGAGCGGUGCAGUCCAGCUUCCCAUAGCUGGACACGUAUCCUUGGAGUCUAUGGAACGACAGAUCGUUGAGUUCGAGGCAACGGUCAUCCUCGCCACGGUGACUACCAUGUCGCAACUCUCAGAACGCAUCCUCAGCAGUGGCAAGACCCACUCAUAUGUCCGCCUGCUGCUUUUCUCAGGGGAAGCAUUCUAUGAUGAUCAGGCCGGGCUGCUGAAAGUUGCCUUCCCGAACGCAACAAUCAGAUCAGUCGUCUACGGGUCUAUGGACUGCGGAAUCAUCGGCUUACCACCGAAGCCAGAGCACUACACAAAUGACACCAGGCUUCACCAAGUCAACGAUCCAAACAUCAUCGUGGAGAUCAUCACUGAAGACGGCAAGGUCACUACUACCCCAGGAGAGGUCGGCAGCUUGGUCGUGACCAACCUGGAGCGUCAACUCAUGCCCAUUGUUCGCUACCCUUCUGGAGAUCGGGCCGCUUGGGUUGACCCAGCUCUAGGCCUUUUCCGUGUCCUCGACAGGGACCGCACGGCCAUCCGCCUCGGACCCGUUUCCGUCGACUUCGUGGACCUCCGGCGCAUAGUGUCCACGAUCCUCAGAGGCCGACCAGUCCGGCGUUUGCAAGCCAUUGUCACACGAGAAGACAGAAAAGACCUCUUGACUCUGAACAUCGCAUUUACCCCGGCUACAGAUGAGGAGAGUUCCCAGCUGCAGGCGGAGCUGAGGGAAGAGAUGGGCGUGGUGCGUCCCAUGUUUCGGGAACACGUCGAGAAGGACCUCAUCAACCCGUUGAGGAUUAAGUUUAUUACCAUGCAGGAACUCGCUGUUAACCCAAGAAGUGGAAAGAUUGUCGAAGUACAGGAUCUUCGGUCGACCACUAUUUAG